AUGCUUCAGACAGUCCUAGUGUCAAUUGGGCGGAUUUUAACCACGGGUGAGGAACAGCCAAGUAGUUCGGUGUAUUUAGGAGGCAAAGCAUAUCUCAGUCCCAGGGAAGCGCCUCGUCCUUGCCCAGGCUGGACUCGGCAAGGCUGUGCCGUGGCUGCUGCUCUUCCUUCAGGCUCUGGGCAUCGAAGCCCCUGUGUGGCUCUGGAGCCAGCUAAACUGGAGGGCUCGGAGGAGGUUGCUGCCUCCGCCGGCUGCCAGAGCCGCCCAGAUCAAGCUGAGCUGCCGACAGAGGCUGGAUGCGUUGGGAGUUUCACUGCUCGGUUACUAGUGGGAGUAGUUUCAGAAGGAAAGCAUCGUACAUGGCAUUGGCAGGAGAAGAGAAGCAGAGAGACUGAGGAUAACUGGGGAGUUAGAGAACGGACGGAGGAAUGGAAAAAUGUGAAGAAAGAGACCAUCAACCCUUUUGUAGGGAAACUGGCUAAAAAGCUUAAACGAAGCAGGAGCAAAGAAACAAUGGUCAAUGAUUGCAUCUUGCGAGUGAACGAGGUCGACGUGUCAGAAGUCUCACACAGCAAAGCCGUGGAGGCCCUAAAAGAGGCUGGUUCCAUAGUACGACUGUACGUUCGUCGAAGGAGACCUAUUCUGGAGACCGUAGUAGAGAUCAAGUUAUUCAAAGGACCUAAAGGUCUGGGAUUCAGUAUUGCAGGAGGGGUUGGAAACCAACACAUCCCUGGGGACAAUAGCAUUUAUGUCACCAAGAUUAUUGAUGGAGGAGCUGCACAGAAAGAUGGGAGGUUGCAGGUUGGAGAUAGACUUCUUAUGGUAAAUAAUUACAGUUUAGAAGAAGUUACCCAUGAAGAGGCAGUAGCGAUACUGAAGAACACAUCAGAUGUAGUGUAUCUGAAAGUUGGAAAGCCCACCACCAUUUACAUGACCGAUCCAUAUGGCCCACCAGAUAUUACUCACUCUUAUUCUCCACCAAUGGAAAAUCAUAUACUCUCUUCUGGAAACAAUGGCACUUUAGAGUACAAGGCAUCCCUGGCCCCUAUCUCACCGGGAAGAUACUCACCCAUUCCAAAGCACAUGCUUGUGGAGGACGACUACACCAGGCCUCCUGAACCUGUUUACAGCACUGUGAACAAACUGUGUGAUAAACCACCUUCUCCUAGGCACUAUUCCCCUGUCGAGUGUGACAAAAGCUUCCUUCUUACAGCUCCCUAUCCCCACUACCACGUAGGCCUGCUCCCUGACUCUGAGAUCACCAGUCAUUCCCAGCACAGCACGGCAACACGUCCACCCACAGUGAGCUUGCAGCGGACCAUUUCUGUGGAAGGAGAACCUCGAAAAAUCAUCCUACACAAGGGCUCCACAGGACUUGGUUUUAACAUUGUGGGAGGAGAAGAUGGGGAAGGCAUUUUCGUGUCUUUCAUCCUGGCAGGCGGGCCUGCUGAUCUCAGUGGAGAACUGCAGCGAGGAGAUCAAAUUUUGUCUGUGAAUGGGAUUGAUCUUCGAGGUGCUACCCACGAGCAGGCUGCGGCUGCGCUGAAGGGAGCAGGGCAGACGGUAACAAUCAUAGCACAAUACCAGCCCGAGG